AUGUAUUUCACAUAUGUGAUUUUCUUUCAGCCGUUGAGAAGAAUUUAUUCACUCAUAUUAGGCUCCUCUGUGAUUUUUGUCUUCUUUUUUUAAAGAAUUCAACAGUUCAUUGAUAUGGAGCAUAAAACAAGCAAAUAUGUUGUGUAGUGAUUUGUCACAAGUAUAAACGGAACCCAUCCAAGAUCUUGGAAUUACAUAACAAAACAUUAUAUUCUGUAUCAUCUGUGCCGGCACAUAUAUUUCCUCGAAUUUGAAACAGGAGUCCUCCAAUUUUCGAGAUUUCAAACAAAAUGAAACAAACUGAUAUAGAAGAGAGGUUGUGUGAUGAAGAAGAAGAAGAAGAUGGUUAUGAUGCUGUUGUUGUGGGGUCUGGAUAUGGCGGCUCUGUUGCAGCUUUUCGGCUGUCAAUGGCUGGGAUAAAGGUAUGCUUAGUAGAGAAAGGCAGGCAAUGGGAAGCUCAUGAUUUUCCCACUAAUAGUAUGAAGAUCAUGUCAGCCUUAAGGGUGGAAAACAAGAACUUAGGUGUCAGCUUUGGCCCAAAAGAUGCUUUGUUUCAGCUCUAUGAACAAGGUGAUUCUCUGGCAGCAAUAGCUUGUGGGCUUGGGGGAGGUUCACUAGUCAAUGCUGGAGUUAUGCUGCCAACGCCAGUUCGGGCUAGAAGGGACCCGAAGUGGCCGAAGGAGUGGGAACGGGAUUGGGAUAGAUGUGAAGCUUCUGCAGCGACCAUGCUAGGAGUACAAACAGCUGCUGUCAGGUUUCCUGUUUCCAAAGUCAUGAGGGAAAUAGUGGAUGGAGAGUUUGAAGCAAGUUGUGAAGACUUGGUGAAACUAAGCAUAAAUUUUGAUGUUGAAGAAUCACCACUCCAUCCUAUGAAGCUUCAACAGACAGGCAGCUGCUUAGCCUGCGGAAAUUGCCUUGCUGGGUGCCCUUAUAAUGCCAAAAACUCCACCGACAAAAAUUAUAUCCUUUCAGCAAUCCAGGCAGGAUGUAUAGUUGAAACAGGAUGUCAAGUUCAGUAUGUGGUCAAAAACCCUCAUCAUGAAUGUCACCAGGAAGGCAGAAGUAUCAGAAAAAGAAGAAGAUGGCUUGUUUAUUUAAAUGAGAUUGACAAUGUAGCGGCUGAUUUUGUAAUUCUAUCAGCUGGUGUAUUUGGCAGUACUGAGAUACUUUUUCGGUCACAAAUGAGAGGAUUAGAACUCUCAGAAGUACUUGGUUCUGGAUUCAGCUGCAAUGGCAAUACUGUUGCUUAUCUUGCAGGAAGCCCUGCUCCACUUAAUGCUUAUGGAUUAGACAGAAAGCAAAUCCUGGAAAGACCCUUCGAAAUGCGGCCAGGGCCAGCUAUCUCUUCAUCUCAUACUUCUUCAUUGGGUUUCACUAUCCAGAGUGCUGUUCUUCCAACUGCUUAUCCCUACCUUGUGUUUAAAGGGAUAGUAUCUUAUGGAUGGCCAACUGGUUACUGGUUAUUUCAUGGGAUUAUAGACAAGUUAAAACAUUUCAUUGGUUUCAAAUCAAGCCAAGCAGUGGCUCUUAAUGCAAUGGGAUAUGAUGAGAGUGAUGGGAAAAUCGUUUUUGACAAGGGCACUAAUAAAAUUUGUUUCAGUCCACCCUGUGAUCCUUUACUCCCACAAAAAAUUAAGUUCUUUCAAAAGCUUGCCAAAAAAUUUGGGGGAAUCCUGUUUUUGUCGAGGUACAGAAGCACUUCAGUUCAUCUUUUAGGUGGCUGCAAUGCAGCUUCAGAUCCUGCACACGGCGUCUGCAACUCCAAUGGUCAGGUUUUUGACACAAAGGCUUCCACAACUGUGCACCCAGGCCUCUAUGUUUGUGAUGCUUCUUUAAUUCCAUGUUCUGUAGGCAUAAAUCCAUCUCUUACAGUUGCAGCAGCAGCUGAGCAUGUAAGUAAACACCUUGUGAAAGACGUCUUAGAGUACAAAAGCAAAAAAGGCAUAGACCUUGCAGUUAAGACUGCUGACCAAUACCCAAUUUUCGUCAAUAAUAAAAAAUCAAGGAGCUCUGAUAGAUCAACUGUUGAGAUCAAAGAGACCCUUUCAGGGUAUAUUGGAGGUAUGCCUUGCACUGCUUAUCUGAAAAUGAAAAUGAACUCCAACAAUUCAGUGAAUGGAGAAUCUCAUCCACUUUUAAGAGGAAAAGUUGGAGGGCAUAUUGUUUUUGCAGCCAUUGAAAAGGAUCCAUUACAUGUUCUUGAUGGAGAAGUAGACCUGUGCAAAGUGGAUUACAGAACUCCUUACACACAUUACAUGCAUUAUCGUCUUCUUCUCACUUCAUCUUCUGGUUUGAGAUAUGUUCUUGAGGGACAGAAGAUAAUGAACCCCUUUCUAUUAUCGUUGUACGCUUGGAGGGAGGCAACUACAUUGUAUGUGACAUUCAAACAAAUUUCAGGAAUAAGUUCCAGGCAAGAAAUGAUAAAUAUAACUGGAGAGCUUCGAAUUUCGCUAAUCGAGCUACUAAAGAGUCUCAUGAGUCUUGAAGGAAAUAGGAGAAGGUUCAUAGGCCUUUUUGCACAGGCUCUCCUGAGAACAUAUAUAUUGCAAAUACCCAGAGGGAACCACAAGGCCUGCAUCCAGUUAGAUUCUUAUCAUAAACCUUAUCCAAACAGCACUCUUUAUGAAAUCAAAACAGAAGAUGGAUCUAUCAUCAGUUGCAAGCAAUGGAUGAACAACCGAAUUCCAUGUCAGCUUAAAAGAGGGAAACAAAAAAAUCCUGUUCUCCUUCUUAAUGGUUAUGCUAUAGAAAGUUACUGCCUUCCAUCAGAACCAAACGAUUUAGUGAGAACUUUAUUAGAAGAAGAGCAUGAGAUUUGGCUACUGCAAUCAAGAUUGCACCCUUCACAUCCUUCAAACAACUUCUCAAUUGAAGAUAUUGCAAGAUUUGAUAUUCCUGCUGUAAUUGCUAAGAUCCUCGAAUUGCAUGGGAAGAGCAAAAAAGUUCAUGUUGUUGCACACUGUGUUGGGGGCAUGGCUGUUCACAUGGCCCUCUUGGGAGGACAUGUCUCAUCAAACCACAUUGCUUCUCUGUCCUGCACAAACUCUUCAAUGUUCUUCAAGCUCAAUGCAUUGAGUAGAUUCAAAAUGUGGCUUCCCUUGAUCCCUGUGUCAAUGGCCAUACUAGGCAAGGACAAAAUUUUGCCUCUAUUGGACACAUCGAAAACCAGUUUUCGACAUCAGCUACUGAAAUGCAUAGCCUGUUUGAUUCCACGGUAUGAGAGAUGCAGAUACAAAGAAUGUGAGGCUCUUUCAGGCAUAUUUGGCAACGCAUUCUGGCAUCAAAACGUAAGCCCUUCGAUGCACCAUUGGUUAAACAAGCAAAGCGCCACAAGAGUUCCCAUGGCAGGAUUUUCCCACCUCAGAAAAAUUUGCAACGCAGGAUUUAUAGUGAACAGCCAUGGAUACAACUCAUAUUUGAUUCAUCCAGAGAGAAUGGCAGUAUCAACAUUGUACAUUUCUGGUGGAAGGUGUCUUCUUGUGACCCCAGAAACUUCAUUUCUUGCUAACAAAUACAUGAAGCUUCACCAACCAAAAUUUAGACAUGAAAGGAUCGUUGUGGAGGGCUUUGGACAUUCAGAUUUAUUGAUUGGUGAAGAGUCUUAUAAGAAGGUUUUUCCUCACAUUUUGCGCCAUAUAAGAUUGGCUGACCAAGCAGAAAAUUCUGUGAUAAGUUCAGAAAAAAUACGCAGUGGGGAGGCUUUAGCUUGGGAGGAUGAUUUUUAUAAUGGAUUUGGCGGAUUCGGAAGUUGGUUUUCUCCUUCUAUUAUUACUUUCCUUUUAUUGUUUUGGCUUGCCAUUUUGAUUUCAAUAUUCAUAUGAUUAAAUUUCGCUCAGAAUUACAUUUACUGGACAAGACAUCUUUUUAAUAUAAUAAGAGAAAUACUAUUUACCUUUUUCAAACAAGUUACCGGUUUUUAUAGUGAAAAGACUAGAUAAAUUUAUGCGGUUGUUGUAAAAUUUUGUCAAAAUAAAAUGAGAACAUUUUAGGGGCAUUUGGUUUAGGUUUUU